AUGGACCAGCGAAGGUCAGCUGUUAUGAAAAUUUGCAGUAAAAAUUCUACUUACAAACGUCCAUACCGGAAUCAUAUGAUUUACAACAGGAACAAACACUUUCUCUUUUGUAAAGCUACAAAAGCAGGGUCGACAUUCUGGGGAAGACUUUUACUUCAAGUAGAUCGACGUGUGAUAGCAAACCCUUACAAAAUAAAACCCCAAAUCGGACCGGUCAACGUGAUCCCUUCAAUCAAAGAAUGGAAAAACUUUGAUGCAAUUUUAAAAAGUUCUACAAAGUUUAUAAUUGCUCGUCAUCCUUUAGAAAGGUUAUAUUCUGGAUACGUCGACAAGGUGUUUUCACCAAACACAUAUUACUGGGACGUUAUAGGUAAAUAUGUAAUAAGAACAUAUAGGAAGACUUCUAAACCCACCUGUGGACAUGAUGUUACGUUCUCGGAGUUCCUUCAAUACGCAGCGAAGACCACAGGGAAUCAUCGGGACGUACAUGUAGCGUCGUUAUGGGAGACAUGUUCUCCGUGUCAUGUAAACUAUGACAUCAUAGGCCAAAUGAAAACAUUCAGUAACGACAUAGAUUUUAUUUUAGACAAACUGAACUUGGAACCCUACAAAGAAGUCCUUCAUAACAUAUCUAUGGAGUCCGUAAACGAUGCCUUAUACGACACAGCCCAAGCAUACAUAGACAUGCGCGCUGAAGCUUCCAAAUGUAUUUCGGAACAGCAAACCGCAGAUAGAAUCUGGACAAAGUUAAAAGCUAGAGGCUUUAUCGCUGCUGAUCUGCCUGUUCCUAAGGAUUUGUUCCUCAAAAAUGAGGAAGCAAUACUUGAAAUAUUCAAAGACGCAUAUUCUAGAUCUAUCAAUAAACUGGGUCGCCAUGGAUUAAAACUACAACAACGUGCAAUAUAUCUAGAAAGUUUAAGAAAAGUACCUAAACAAACACUAACACAGAUAGCCAAAACAUACCAUAAGGAUUUACAAAUGUUUGGAUACGACCAAACAUUUAAUGAAAUGCUGCAAAGUUCAAAUAAUUCUGACUUUUCUGUCAGUGACAAUUUUUUUCUGAUCUCAUAA